UUGGCGUGCCAUCUAGGACCAUAGAAUCACCGUUACAUCGUACUUAUGACAUUGCCUCCUUUCUCCUCCUCCUGCAGAUUCUUGCGGUCCCAAAGCCUGACCUUGCAUUCGCUCUCUUUCUUUCUCUCCCAUCUUCUUGGUGUAUCUCUAGUCUCAUUGCCUCCGUUCUUACCCCAGUAGCACGCAGCGAUCACACAACAGAGGCAAAGUCCCGGAGAAUGUCGGGACCUCAAUGCUGCGAGAACCCUCCAACUCUGAACCCAGCCAGCGGACAAGGCCAUGUUGAGGAGUUGGGUGGGCUCAAAAGCUACGUCUCUGGUUCCUCCGACUCUAACCUCGCCAUCGUCCUCGUCUCUGAUGUGUUCGGAUAUGAAGCUCCGAACUUGAGGAAGCUUGCCGACAAGGUCGCAGCUGCAGGGUUUUAUGCGGUUGUUCCUGAUUUUUUGGGUGGAGAACCUUAUGUACCUGAAAAUGCCGAGAGGCCCGUUACAGAAUGGCUAAAGGAUCAUGGAACUGAUAAGGGAUAUGAAGAUGCAAAGCGAAUAGUUGAAGCUGUGAAAGGUAAAGGUGCAUCUGCAAUUGGGGCUGCUGGCUUUUGUUGGGGAGGUAAGGUUGUGGUUGAGCUGGCGAAGACAGGGGCCAUCGGAGCUGCUGUGUUAUUACAUCCGUCGUUAGUCUCUGUGGAUGACAUCGAGGGUAUGAUCAUCUUUACUUUUGGAGUUAAGGCUCCAAUAGCCAUAUUAGGAGCUGAGAUAGACCAUAGGUCACCACCGGAACUCCUGAAGCAGUUUGAAGAGAUUCUAGCUGCCAAAUCUGAGGUUGAUGCACGAGUGAAGAUUUUUCCGAAAGUUUCCCAUGGGUGGACUGUCAGGUACGAUGUCGCUGAUGAAGAAGCGGUGAAGUGUGCUGAGGAGGCGCAUUCGGAUAUGCUAGAGUGGUUUGCAAAGUUUGUCAAGUGAGGGAAGUUCCUGGCAUCUGU